UCCGCUGCGGAGUUUCCGACAAACGAGACUCAGGACAGAACUUUUGGAGAGUGGUCGCCAGACUUCAAAUAAUACUGCUAACUCCGCUCAACCUUGCAUCAAAUGAAACUGGAGGACUCGAAUGAAUUUGGCUUGAUUUUAUAUACAGGGAAGUCAACGUAAUAUACAAGUAAUUUUCAGGCUGAAUCUACAACUCAAAGGAGACUGAUGAACAUAAAGCCAUGCACGCGUCAUUGGUAAUGUUUAUAUGUGCCCUGGCCUAUGCCACCGCCCAGGACCCAAGCCACGCCCACGGCUGUACCCAUGGCAGCUGUUACCCAGCCACGGGAGACCUGCUGGUGGGGCGUGAGAAGAGCCUGAAAGCAUCGUCUACAUGUGGCUCUAGGAGGAAAGAGCCUUACUGUAUCGUCAGUCAUUUACAGGAUGAGAAGAAAUGCUUCCAGUGUGACUCUCGCCGGCCUUAUGACACUUUGUACAACAGCAUCAGUCACCGUAUUGAGAACGUCAUCACCACCUUCAAACCACAUCGCAGGAAGUCCUGGUGGCAGUCUGAGAAUGGAAAGCCUGAUGUCUUCAUUCAGCUGGACCUAGAGGCCGAAUUCCAUUUCACUCAUCUUAUCAUGAUCUUCAAGACGUUUCGCCCUGCAGCCAUGGUGAUUGAGCGAUCGGCAGAUUUUGGCCGUAACUGGCAGGUGUACCGCUACUUUGCCUAUGACUGUGCCUCCGUCUUCCCGGGGAUAUCCACGGGUCCCCUGCGCAAGGUGGACGAUAUCAUCUGUGAGUCGCGCUACUCCGACAUUGAGCCGUCCACUGAGGGAGAGGUGAUCUACAGAGUUCUGGACCCUGCCAUCCGCAUUGAGGACCCCUAUAGCCCCAACAUUCAGAACCAGCUGAAGAUCACUAACCUACGUGUGAACUUCACCAAGCUGCACACCCUGGGAGACAACCUGCUGGACUCCCGGCAGGAGAUCAAGGAGAAAUACUACUAUGCUAUGUAUGAGCUGGUCGUCCGUGGCAACUGCUUCUGCUACGGUCACGCCUCUGAAUGCGCUCCAAUUGACGGGAUUGUGGAUGAAGAGGGCAUGGUCCACGGGAGAUGUGUCUGCAAACACAGCACCAGGGGGCUGAACUGUGAGCUGUGUGACCACUUCUACAAUGACAUGCCUUGGAGACCGGCUGAAGGACGCAACACUAACGCCUGCAAGAAGUGCAAUUGUAACAGUCACUCCAGCGAGUGUCAUUUCGACAUGGCGGUGUACCUGGCAACCGGCAACACCAGCGGCGGGGUCUGUGACGACUGUCUCCACAACACCAUGGGACGCAACUGUGAGAUGUGCAAACCCUUCUACUACCAGGACCCCAGCAGAGACAUCAGGGAUCCAGGGGUCUGUACUGCCUGUGACUGUGAUCCCGACGGCUCUCUGAACGGGGGCAUCUGUGAUGGGCAUGACGAGCCAUCCCUCGGCAUGAUCGCUGGCCAGUGUCGCUGUAAGGACCACGUGGAGGGACCUCGCUGUGACAAAUGCAAGUUGGGCUUCUUCGGCCUGAGUGCAGAGAACCCCCGUGGCUGCCAGCCCUGCCAGUGUGACCACAGGGGAACUGUGUCAGAGAGCCCACGGUGUGACCCUGUGAGUGGGGACUGCUUCUGCAAGCGUCUGGUCACCGGACGCAGCUGUGACCAGUGUCUGCCAGAACACUGGGCACUGAGUCAUGACCUGAAUGGAUGCAGAGACUGUGACUGUGAUGUGGGCGGAGCCACAGAUAACCACUGCUCAAUGGAGAACGGCCAGUGUCGCUGUCGUAGUCACAUGACGGGCCGUCAGUGUACCCAGGUGGAGUCGGGGUCCUUCUUCAUGUUUCUGGACUACUACACCUAUGAGGCUGAGCUGGCCGUUCUGGGACAGGGCUGCAGUGUGGAGCAGCGGGAGCACCAGUCUGGGCGCCCGUCCACGUGGACAGGUACUGGCUUUGCCAAGGUCCCUGAGGGCAGCAGCCUGGAGUUCUUCAUCACCAACGUCCCCUACUCCAUGGAGUAUGACCUCCUCAUCCGCUAUGAGACACAGAUGCCGCGCGACUGGCAGGAGGUCCGCGUGACCAUCGUUCGACCAGGGCCCAUUCCCACCAGCAGCCCCUGUGGAAACACCAUCCCUGCAGAUGACCUGCUCACUGUGUCCCUGCCUGCUGGAUCCAGGUUUGCUGUGUUGCCUCAGCCUGUCUGCUUGGAGAGAGGAGUCAGCUACACCAUUCAGUUUGAGUUCAGUCGCUAUCUGGACGGGAACAGCAUCCUGAUUCUGGGUACAACAGCAGCCAACAUUCUAGUGGACUCUAUCUCCCUGCUCCCUCGUUACUCCUCCCUGGAGAUGUUCAUUGCCGGCGACCCCACCUCCAUCGCUCGGAAGCAGAGCUAUGAGCGCUACCGCUGCCAUGAGGGGGCCAAGAGCGUGACGCGCCCCCAGAUCAGUGACGUCUGUGCCAAGCUCAUCACCAGCAUGUCGGCUAUCAUCAAUGACGGAGCCCUGCCAUGCCAGUGUGACCCACAGGGCUCAGUCAGCUCGGUGUGUGACAUACGUGGUGGUCAGUGUCGCUGUAGGCCAAACAUUAUCGGACGUCGCUGUGACAAGUGUGGUCCUGGAACCUAUGGUUUUGGACCGGCAGGAUGUAAAGCCUGUGAAUGCAGUCUGGAAGGUGCCGUCACUCGGUUUUGUGACCAGCAGACCGGCCAGUGCCCGUGUCGCCAUGGUGCGUAUGGCCAGCGCUGUGAUGGCUGCCACGCGGGACACUGGGGUUUCCCCAACUGUAAACCAUGCGUGUGCAAUGGACACGCAGAGGAGUGCCACCAGAGGACCGGAGCCUGUGUCAACUGCCGAGACAACACCGGAGGGGACAAAUGUGACCGGUGUGCCAAUGGUUUCUAUGGCAACCCGGUGCUGGGCACAGGCAGCGGUAACCAGUGUCGACCGUGCCCCUGCCCAGAUGGUCCCAACAGCGGACGGCACUUUGCCGCCUCCUGUUACCAGGACACCCGCAACAGACAGGUGGUCUGCAACUGUAACCAAGGUUACACAGGGGGGAUGGUUAAGCGCUCCGAGGGUUCCUUCAAGCGUCCCCGCUGUGACCAGUGUGCACCUGGCUACUUUGGUAACCCCUCUCAGCCAGGUGGGCAGUGCCAGCCGUGCAGGUGCAGCAACAACAUCGACAAGUCGGACGCCGAGGCGUGUGACCGGAGAACAGGAGAGUGUAAGAAGUGUCUCUACAACACCGAGGGACCGGAAUGUGGUGUGUGCAAGAGUGGUUACUACGGCGAAGCAUCCCGGCGCAACUGCAGGAAGUGCACCUGUAACUUCCUGGGCACAGAGCGUAACCAGUGUACGGCGAGGGAUGACUGUGUGUGCCAGCGUUCCACGGGGCAGUGCCAGUGUCUGCCCAACACCAUCGGCCUGACGUGUGACCACUGCAAGCCCAACUCCUGGAACCUGGCUAGUGGCCGCGGCUGUGAGGCCUGCGGGUGUGACCCCAACAACGCUGUCAACCCGACAUGCAACGAGUUCACCGGAAAGUGUCAGUGUCGUCGAGGAUUCGGUGGGAAGACUUGCACUGACUGCCAGGAGAACUACUGGGGAGACCCCCGGGUCCAGUGCCGAGCCUGUGACUGUGACCCGCGAGGAAUAGAGACCUCCCAGUGUGACCAGAAGACUGGCCACUGUGUGUGCCAGCAGGGGGUGUCGGGCGUGCGUUGUGACCAGUGUGCCCGGGGCUUCUCGGGCCAGUUCCCUAACUGCCAGCCCUGCCACCAGUGUUUCGGGGACUGGGACAGGGUGGUUCAGGAUCUGGCUGUCCGCACCAAGAGCCUGUCGGACCGGGCUCUGGAGAUCCAGACAACAGGUCUAACUGGAGCCUAUGAGAAAGCCUUCAGAGACCUGGAGGAUAAGCUGGCACUGGCCCAGGGCAUUGUCAACGCCCGCAACACCACCGCGGAGGGAGUGGCGGUCUUAAUGGAGCUCAUUGAAGACCUCAGGUCUCAGAUAGGGGAGACCACAGAUAUAUUGAAUCAUCUGGAGGGAGACCUGACCAGUGUCCAAAACAGUAACGUUGAUGCCAGUAAUGAGCUCAGUGCUCUGGAAAGAGAGGCCAAGGAGCUGAAUCUGACCUCAGAUCAGCUCCACCGUCAGCUAGACAUCCUCAAGAACUCCAACUUCCUGGGUGCAUAUGACAGCAUCCGUAUCUCCUAUAACAAGUCCCGUGACGCAGAGAAGCGAGCUAACCAAUCCACCACCACCACACCCAGCACUGUCAGCCAAUCAGCGGAUACACGCCGCAAGACAGAACGCCUCAUCCUUGCCAAGAAAGAUGAAUUCAACCGCAAGAAUGCAGCCAACAAGCGAGCACUAGGGGACCUCAGUGCUAAAGCACAGACUCUGGACAUGAAGAAGAUCAAUGAGAAGGUCUGUGGGGCCCCUAACAAUGGCCCUUGUGCAGACAGCCCUUGCGGAGGGGCAGGUUGCCGUGACGACGAGGGUAAUAGGCACUGCGGAGGCCUGAACUGCAAUGGUGCUGUAGCAAUUGCCAACACUGCCCUGGAAAGAUCAAAACACGCGGAGAAACAGCUGAACAAAGCCAUGGGGGAGGUGGAGGAGCUUUUCCACAAGGUGGCGAAUGCCAAGACCAAGGCAGAGGAGGCAAAGGAUAAAGCCCAGGCCGCUCUGGAAAAAGCCACCAACACCAAGAACAAGGUGGAGCGCUCCAACAACGACCUGCGGGACCUCAUCAAGCAGAUCCGGGACUUCCUCAUGCAGGAGGGUGCUGAUCCUGACAGUAUUGAGACAGUGGCUAACCGCGUCCUGGAGCUUUCCAUCCCGGCCUCACCCCAGCAGAUCAAACAUCUGGCAGAGGAGAUCAAGGACCGGGUCCAGAGCCUCUCCAAUGUAGAUGCUAUUCUGAAACAGACGCAGGACGAUGUGCGCAAAGCAGAGCAGCUGCUGAAGGAGGCAAAGAAGGCUAGGAAUCGGGCAGAGCAGGUGAAAUCUACAGCAGAAACAGUAAAACAAGCACUUGAGGAUGCUAAGACAGCCCAGGCUGCAGCGGAGAAGGCAAUACAGCGGGCGAGGGCUAAUAUUGGGAAAACAGAGGACCGGCUAGCACAGAUCGAGUCUGAGACCUCCAGCAGUGAACAUGACCUGAAUGAUGCAAUGGACCGCCUUGGUCGUCUCGGCCGGGAGAUUCAUGCUCUGAAGCUCAAACGGGCCAACAACAGCGUGGCAGCGGCUAGAGCCGAGGAGACCGCCACGAUGGCACGAGACAAAGCCACAGAGGCCAAGCAGAUAUUAGAUGGUGAGCUGACAGAUAAGUAUCACACAGUGCAGGAGUUGGUGGACCGGAAAGCUAAGACUGUCCAGGAGGCCAAGAAGAAAGCAGAGCGCUUGAGAAAUGAAGCCAAGGACCUACUGAAGGACGCUCAGAACAAGCUCCUAAGACUAGCAGAACUAGAAAAAGGCUAUGAAGAGAACCAGAAAACACUGGAGGGCAAAGCCCGGCAGCUGGACGGCCUAGAAGACAAGAUGAAGGCUAUUCUUAAUGACAUCAACAAGCAAAUCCAAAUCUACAACACCUGUCAGUAAAAGCUAGGGCUUGACUUGUCAAACCAAGAGUGACUGCUGACAAAAAUUCUGCGUUUACUCAGGUAGCCCAGUUUGGAUAUUUUGUUUUUUUUCACCAAUCAGAUAUGCUCUGAAAAAAAAGAUAAUGUGAAAAGAUGUUGGGACUGUUUGAAAGAUCAGUUUCUGAAAAAAGAAAUUGGUCCACCUGUGUAAAUGCAGCCUUUGUGAAAUGACUACUGUUUUACCCUGCUGACCCUGUACACCAGGGUACCUCUAUCUAGCCAGAUCCACUCUGUUUUUUCCAUUCUAACCACCCAAUCAAGGUCUGCUUUAGACCUGGGACACAAGAUGGGUGUAAAAAAACAACAGGCUCCAACCUUCUAAGUGUUGAAUACCCUACAGUACAGUAUGCUCUCUAGAGGGGAGUAUUGCAUCUAAAGCCAGGUGCCUGUCAGAUUACACUGUUUAAUCAUGCUGAUUGUGAGAUUGUCAAUGUAUUGCUGUGUGACAUUCAGCUGAAGAAUAGAGGUACCUCCACAUGAAGGUUCAUAAAACAUAUGUCAUAUCUUUUGCACCAAAACUAAAAGACACUGCCACAUUGUAUGUAAGAUCAAGAAUGCCAAAAAAUAACUUAUGAAUAGGCCUACAAUAGUUUCAGUAAACAAUGAAUACAUGUUGUUAUGCAUACCGCACUCAUAAAUGGUAGAUAUUGUUUGUUUUUUGUAAUUGAGAGAAAACAGUUUUGGGAAUACCUGAAAAUAAACUUUCAAAAACCA